CACCUGUUUACGACAUAUCUCAUGGGUGAAAGAAGAUGACCUAAAUAUAGAUAUUUUUGGGGGCUGUGCAUCACUGCAAAGUAAAUGCCACAAUGAGUACCAGGGAAAAUUCACUGGCUUCGGUGACUUCUGACACUUUAAGUUCCUUCAGCAUGAGGCUGCGCAAAAUGUCAACAGCGAGUGCCCUGAAUAUUAAUCCUAUCUCUGACAGCAGAGUAAGUCGGAAGUUUCUGCAGCCGAACAUGGCGUCUGAUUGGGUAGAACGGGCUGCUGAAAGAGUGAGGAGACUAGACGACUGGUAUGGAGUAGUUAAAAGACAGUUGAUGAUCCACCAGAAUGCUGCCACUGGUUUAUUUCCCUGUAACUUGGCCAAGGCUCCCAAUGAAGCCCAUGUUAGGGACAGUGUAUACUGUGCUGCUGCCAUAUGGGCACUCUCACUGGCAUACAGGAAGCAAGAUGACGACCAGGGACGUACAUAUGAACUUGGCCAGUCUACUGUGAAGUGCAUGAGAGGAAUCUUAGCCUGUUGGAUGCAGCAAGCAGACAGGGUGGAGCAGUUCAAACACAGCCAAAGUGCCAAGACAGCCUUACAUUCAAAGUUCAACAUAAAAACUGGUGCUAUUGUAGUGGGAGAUGGGGAAUACCAACAUUUGCAGAUUGACUGUGUGGCUCAGUACGUGCUGUUCUUGGUACAGAUGAUCUCAUCGGGUCUGCAGAUUAUCUAUACCACAGAUGAAGUGAAUUUUGUUCAGAACUUGGUGUACUACCUGGAGAGGGCAUACAGGACUCCAGACUAUGGGAUGUGGGAGAGAGGCACCAAGUACAACAACGGCAACAGUGAGCUGCAUGCCAGCUCCAUAGGGAUGGCAAAGGCAGCCCUGGAAGCUAUCAAUGGUUUCAAUGUCUUUGGCGACAGUGGCGCCUCUUGGUCUGUCAUAUAUGUCGAUGUGGAUGCCCACAACAGAAAUAGGACAAUCUUUGACUCCAUGUUGCCAAGAGAAUCUAAUUCCAAGAACACAGACUGCUCUCUGAUUCCUGUGGUCUCCUGGCCCGCCUUUGCCCUUCAUGACGAGAAUCUCAGACAACGCACCAUAGACAAGGCUGUCCGCAAGCUGAAAGGAACCAGUGGCAUGAAGAGGUUUCUGCGGGACGGCUAUGGCACAGUGGUAGAAGACAAAAGCAGGAAGUACUACAGGCCAGCAGAAAUAAAGAAUUUUGAUGGUAUUGAAUGUGAGUGGCCCCUAUUUUUCCUGUAUAUGAUAAUUGAUGGAAUCUUCAAGAAUGACCAGGAGAAAGUGAAGCAAUACAUGGAGCUAGUCAAACCAUUACUGGCAUUUACACCUGAUGGAGUGAUAGUCCCCAAGUAUUUCUACGUGCCCCUGGAUCUGGUGGAUGCAGAGAAGGAGAAGCCAGGCAGUCAGAUGAGGGAACCCAGUGCUGAGGAGGACACGGGGCACCUGUUUCUGUGGGGACAGGCUGUGUACAUCAUCUCACAACUAUUGUUUGAGAAUUUGGUUCAUCCAGCCGAAUUGGAUCCCAUCAAGCGCCACCUUCCCGCUGCCGCUCGCCCCCGACAGAGCACUCGUUAUUCCUUCUUCCAGCACCAGGAGAUGGUGGGUACAGCAAACGACCUCAUCGUGCAGAUCGUUCUCAUAGCCGAGAGCGUGAGACUACAGCAGAUGUUGGCAAACUACGGCAUUCUCACCCAGACUCCCCACGAGAUUGAACCCAUACAGGUGUGGUCACCUAACGAACUGACCAAAGCCUUCAGCUACCUGGGAAUUAACAACAAGCUGGGCCUGACUGGACGUCCACUUAGGCCAGUUGGUGGACUGGGCACUUCUAAGUUGUACCAAGUGUGUGGUCACAUUGUGGUGUGUUUUCCACUUUUAUUUGAGCUCAGUGACUUCUAUCUCUCUCAAGACAUGACUUAUGUCAUUGACGAUGUCAAGAGUGACCUUGCCUUCCUGGCCAAAUGCUGGAAGCUGUCAGGUCGGCCUACCUUCUGUAUGCUGAUCAGAGAGGAGAAUAUCCGCGGCCCCAGCACUAAGGAGUUCCUGGACUUGCUGGCCGAGUUUAAAGGUGGCCAGGUCGGAGACAUCAGAGUGAGGCUAGGGAGAUUACAGAGUCUUAUCCCAGCUGCUUGUAUAGAGAAUCUGGACUUCCUCCAGUCUUUGAUAGAGGACUCUGAGUGCACCUUCCGCCAUGUUGAAGAACUCAAGCUCGGCUCCUCAUUCAAGAGUUUGACUGAAAUUCCGAAGGUUGUGCCAGAAGAAGACAUAGCCAUCAACAUAGAGGAACUAAAGCAGCUCUCUUCGCGUGAUAUAGUCCAAAAACUACAUGGCUUUGACAAUAUGCAUGCUCAGUCUCAGAUCUUGGGUGUCCUACUAGAGAGAGAGGGGAUGGAGUACCGUAUCGAUGACUCCACUAUUGAACAGAGACUUGAGCGGCUACUUCGAAAUUCUGGGAGAAAGAAGAACUGGGCGGUGGUCAGAUAUUGUGCAGCUUUGUUGGGAAAACUGGUGGACAGUCUUGCCCCUUCUAUCACAGCUAUACUGGUCAGGGGGAAACAAGUGACUAUUGGAGUAUUUGGCCAUGAGGAGGAUGUGAUAGGCAAGCCCAUGGCUCCCAACCAAAUCAAAGACAUCAUCUACAGCAAGUGUAUGCCCUAUUCCAUCAGCCAGGCAGUCCUACAGCAGGAGAUUAUACUUUGUAUUGGGAAGUUCAUCUCUACUUUUCCAGAACUCUUCAGUGGGAUACUCAAGAUUAGGAUUGGAUGGAUGAUAGAGGCCAUGCGUCUAGAGAUUGCCAACCUGGAGGGAACAGAGCUCUCCCUAAUGGCUCUGUCUCCCAGUGAGAUUAAAGAAGUCCUGUUAACAGUGCUUGGAAAAUAUGACAGGAGUAUCCCUAAAAGAGCUCCCCUUCACAAGCGGCAGCUGGAUGGUGCUCUGGGCAGAGUCCCUAUUGAUUUCUAUGACAGGGUGUGGGAGAUCUUGGAGAAAACACCAGGGGGGAUCAAGGUAGCUGGGUACCUGCUCCCCCAGCAACCCACGUUAUCAGACAUGACAAUGUAUGAGAUGAACUUCUCCCUGCUUGUUGAACAGAUGCUCAGUAAAAUUCUGGAUCCUGCUUACAGAUCUGUGAUCGUGGAGACACUUACGGUUGUGUCCACAAUCUUGAGAAGAAAUCCUGAGAUAGAGUUUCCUGCAGCAGUAGAACUGGACAGGAUUGUACACGAAGCUUUUGAGAUGUUCAAGCGUGAGCUGGUUGUUCACGAGAGCAAAGAGAAAGAGGACACUACAAAGGACAAUAUGUUUGUCUUUUAUAACACGCCCCCCAAUGCAAGGCGUGGAACCAUGUGCUACAUUGUUAAAGCUGUAUUGAACACCUUACUGCAGGGUGCCAUACACACCAAAGAGGAUGAUAAUUGCUGUGUCUCUUGAUUGGUUGCAUUACAGUUGAAGAAUGACAUACGUGCAAUUUGCUACCUCCGCCAAGGAGGCUAUGUUUUUGCUUUUGUUGGUCAGAGCAUAGCUUAACUGUAGACCUAUAAAAGGUUUGAAGUAUUUUUUAAUAAAAAAAAAUCAAGAUAGAUCAGCAAUGAAAUAUCUUGGAAUCAGAUUAAUUAAUUAAUCAAUGAAUCAAGCUGCCUUGGCGGAGGACUUUGCUAUCUUAGUGCUUUUCUAGUUCAGUAGUUUGAUUAUUGUCAAGGAAGAACUGGUACAUGAACCAUUACAAGUACUGUUCU